GUUAUUGGUCGAAUCAAUUCUACAGGGAAGUAGGGCGCUUUAAAUACCUGAUAGCUAUAUAAUCGGAGAUCUUUAUUAAAUCUGAGCUUAAAGUAACACGGAAGAUAAUUGAUGCAUUUAUACCGAUUGAAAUGUUUGUUCGAAUAAUGAAAGGCAAAUGAAUAGGACGGUGUUAUUGAUAAGGAUAAUGUUCCUGGCUUCAUAACAAAAUUGUUCGAACAUUUCUGAUGAAUACAUUUGCCAUUUAUAAAAUAUUAUAUAGAUGUUCUGUUGCAAAACAACAUAGGGUUGAGAUAAAUUGCAGUUUUUGGACAAUAAUGUAAGAUUUAUAAGAACAGUUCCGGAUACAAAACUAUCAGAGAAACACUUUGUAUGCGACAUUCGGGAUAUAACAGACGACAGCGCCCUUUUUAUAAGCUAUCUGAAACGCUGUUGUGAAACUUCGAGAUCCGCUGAAGGAAAGGAAUUAUGGUUAUUUGAUAGGAAAUAAUGCGGAAGCGUGUAACUACCAAUACAUUUAUAGGCAGUUCUUGUGUAGACAAUAACAUAACAAAUAUUGCGCAGUUAUCGAAUAGUCGUCAACUAUGCUGCAUUUCUGGGAGUGCAUGGGUUAAUACAAAUACUCGUUGACGGCAGGUGUAAUGUGCACUGUUUACACAUUUUCGUGGAAUAGUAAAAGUCGAGCACGGGAUAACUAACUAAAAUUAUUUUCUCUUAAGAAUCACUUAUUAACAGUGUUAAACAAAUUCUUAUCACAGAUAGAUUGACAUGUUGAUUGAAUUUCCCGAGUUUAUAAUAACAACAGGUGUAACGUGUUUUCAACCGAACGUGCCUGUUGACAAUGGCAAACGUCUACGCCCACAUAAUGACUGUAUCCAUUGCAAUGAACUGCUGCCUUAUAAGUUACAACAUUUUUCCGCGUGUGGAGUCAAAGUUAUUGUCCUGUCUCCCGAGCCGAUGGACACUCACACGUUUGGUUGCGCAUCUUCAAGACAAGCCUCAGGUUUUGGCGAAAAUAAUCACAAAUCAGCUAAUGAUAGGCAUACUCAUCAUAGCUAGCGCCGUAGCGAUAUGUACCAGCGACAUUCUCAUGUACCCGUUCCAUCCACAGACCAUCGAGAAAUGGAACAUCCAGCUUACACAGGUGAUAUUCUCGAUAAACAUCGGCAGAUAUAUGUUCAAUAUUCUAGAACCGCUUUUUUCAAAACAAUACAAGAAAAAGGCGAGGUAUCUAGUUGAGAAUGUACAUCAUGUUGUGACGCUCUUGUGUUAUUCUUUGUUUCUCGGAUACACUGAAAACAGUCUACUCGGGUUGGUGGGUGUGCUAAUGGAAUCGACGUGCAUUUUUGAGGACGUAGUACGAUUGUGCAACACAAGCAAUAUGCAACAGACUCUAUUGUACAAGCGUCUUCUUUUACUCGGUGCUGUGUUCAACGUUUGCUUCCGGGGUAUCGUACCGGUGGCAUUUCUUAUUAAUGCCAUGUUUCAUCAAUCGCCCUUUACUAUGAGCUAUCCGACACUUAUGGUAUUUUUUCUUAGCAUAGUAUUCUUCUCGGUGAUCAACGUCUGGCAAAUAUUGGCAAGUUUUCAACGCUUUCUAAAGUUCACGUUGAGUAACAAUGACGUCUUUCGGGGUCUACGUGAUGAAACGGCAGUAGACGACACAACUUGGCAAACCAAUGGCCGCGAGCGCGGUCUUCUUUUCUCAAAGAAUAAUUUAGGCUAUACUCGACCAUACGAUAAUAAAAACUUUUCCGUGAAUAAUUACGAUGCUAAAGCGAACGUUGAGAACCGUAAAGUCACUGCCAAAGAUACGAUUGAAUUGCAAAUCGAUCCGGUGUCAUUCAUAAUCAAAACGAUGUCCAGCUCGUGUAGCAUUGAACACGAUAAAUCACCAGAUGGCGACCUCAAAUCAAGAUUGUACGUGAAUACUAAAGCAAACUGUGAAAACGAUGUUAAGAUAAUUACAACAACAAACCAUUCGGUUAAUGCUUUCAAUGAUUUAUCUCCUUCAGAAUGUCCAAUUGGUGUUCCAACUGAACAUAAUUAUCUGUGUAAGACUUGUCCUUCACCAAUGAUCAGGGUAUUUACUUCUUCAAAGGGUUUUGACACUGGAACUUCGUCCACAGACACAAUCGCUCAUCUCGACUUCAGAAUGACAAGUGACCACCAAGAAAGGACACACUACGAAUAUGAUAGCCUAUGCACGGUCGAGAGCAGCACUGAUACGGUUACCGAUCUCCAAACGGAUAUCGCAGAAACGUCCGAUCGGAGAUCAAACGAUCUUCGAAACAGCUCAAGUAGUACAGACUCUUCCGCGUCGGAUGGAACUCUUAUGCCUUUGUCGCCAGUGGCAACGAGUAGGAAGCAUCUUACAGAUCCGGAAUCGCACUUAUCGCCACAGCUCCAUAACGUGCGUAUGCUCGCGAGGAGUCACAUUCGGCGAAGCGUCCCAUGCGAUGAUCUUUCCAAAGUGACGUCAUUGCAUAAUUCCUUUAAGCUUGACCCCGUGUGCCAUGUGGCAACUGUGUCGCUACCGAGAUUUAAAUUGCAGUCUUUCACGUUUGACGCUUAAUUAGGCUUUUGAAAGUGUAUGCGUAUUUUAAACAGAGAUUUUGCUUACAUGUGCUGAUCUUUUGAGAAUUUAAUCUACAUUUUAGUUGCAGUAUACAUGAAGACCAUGUGUAGAGUGAAAAGAAAUUUGUUGUAUUGAGCAUAUGACACAUUAUUGAAUUCUUAGCGUUUCACCCGGUACGACGUAUUAUGCACAAUUAAAAUAAUACGUCAAAUUGAAGAUGAAAUGUAGUUAUUCGUUUAAUAUGACAUACACAACUCAGAGAACAGUUCAUUUAAAUGUAUUCUGUUGAACAUACCAGACAGUUGACACGGACGGGACAUGUGAAAAAUAUCGAACUCUACUGCUCUCAGAAUCUAGGCUUAGUUCUUGGUAAAACUUAAAUACACAUUUCGCUUGCGUUGUAUACCAUAAUUCUGAGCCAGUUGCAAUUUAACAUCUCUUUACAAUUUAAUUAAGCCAGGUCACGCCUGUCAACUCUGCAGGAAAUCUAAUGCGAGCUGCACAUACUAUUCAAGACUGGUUAUGCACCCAUAUCCGCUAGUCGCGAGAUACUAAUUAGUUCAACGAAGACUAACUAAUUACUAUAUUAUAUUCUCGACCGAUUGGUUUGAUGUUAAUGUAUUAAAUAACACUUUGACAUAUGACAUACAUUUGUGUUACCAUGUCGAUUACGUCUCAACGAUCACAAGUUAAUUAUUAUACUUGUAUGACAAAAUAACCGUUCAAUAAUUUGCAUCAAAACCUGGAAGGUUUAAGCUUGUAAGAGGUUUAUUUUAAUUACCAACAAAUAAUAGAGACGAUCACAUGUUUUAAUUUCUAAAACGGUCAUGUUAUGGCAUUAAUUUAUUUUCAUGUUCUUCAUUAUAUGUAUCGUGAAAUUUACCCUGCAAUGAACAAUUAUCUUACCUUUAAAUAUCAACACUACGAUUUAUCUUUUCGGUAAACGCUUAGUCGCUUAAAUAAAAUGGGAAGAGCCAAAUCUGCUUUUAAAUACAAAUACGAUAGGACCUUUAUAUUUUGAACUGGAAAUUAACAAGUGAAAAGCACUUCAUAUAAUAUUUGAUGUAAUUAAACGAUUUCCUGUUUUUUUCUGUUAGUUUCCAAUAAUCUCCAUUCAAAUUGAUACAAUUUACUUUAUAUCCGCCUUUUACGGAAGAUAAAUCAGAUAUUGAAUAAAAACUCGAUAUAUUGAAAAGUAAUUGUACAUGCUGAAUAAGGAAGUUUAAGGUGUUCAAAGACAUUCUGGUUAUCAAAUACGGCCAAUAAAUAUCCUAAUUUAGCGGAAUAUAACCCAUGUGAGUAACGGUUGCAGAUGGCAGAAGUGUGAUUGACGAUGAAUUCAAUGCACAGACAAAUGGCUUACAUUUUGCAAAUAUGUCCAAAUCAGUCAAGAGAACAAAAUGCCUUAACUAACUCAACCUGGAACAUCCUUUCUGUCCGAGUUUCUUCUUAGUACGAACAUGUACUUAGUCCGUAGAACGUUACGCACAAAACGGUUGUAAAUGUGCAAUGUUAAAACUGCACACGGUUAGAUAAUAUUAAGCCAUAAUUGUCAUACGUUUGCACAAAUCGUGUAAAACAACUUCACAUUAUUUCUAAUGGAAGAAUGCAAUAGAAAAAUAAUCUACAAAAGAAAUGUGUGAUUUAAAAUUGAGUUUAAUAAAAUGAUAAGUAUCCAAGUGAAAUUAUUAACAAGCAAGUAAAAGUUUGACUUUCAAAAUUCGAAUAUACUAAUGUUUUGCAAUAAAACCGUGAUUUAACAUUAUUUUUUAUGUUUCGACGCAUUUCUUGUUGAUUGAAAGACCCUCUUUAUUUGGUUGUUUUAAAAUAACUUAUACAUUGAUAUUAAAGUCAUUAAACUGCGGGUAUAUUUCAUAUCUAUGCACUUUUAACGAUGAUGAAGUUCAAAAAUAAAACCGACACUAACGAUGGAGAUUUUCUAAAUAUGAAUUUAUCAUGCGGGUUACACAAUAUGACAUAAUGUUCUACACUUUGAAAUAUUGUAUACAAGUGUCACUAAAUACGAUGACAGCGGAUACAGCAGAAUUUAGGUCAGAUGACCGCGAAAACAAAAGAUGUUGUGUUCGAAAAAAUAUACCUCAUCUUCUGGUAUGUGUUAUGUGGCCUAUUAUGUUACCAGUCCAAUUUACAGAGAAUCGUUUUGUGCAUAUAAUGAACAUUAUUAAAAUAAUAUACAUUUAAGUUAAACACAGAUACGUUUAUUCAAUUUUAACUUUUUUUGGAAAAGAAUACAAUACAGAAAAUGACAGAAACACCACACGAUAAACAAGACAUGACUUCCAGAAAUUUCACAAAGGCCGUCAUUGCAAUGCGCGUGACUUCUAUUAUACUGCUCAUAUAAAAAUCAAUUAUCUCGGGAAGUUAGAUUUACAUUGUCCUCCCUGGUUAUUGACAAGACAAUAUUUAUAAUGCCUCAAGUUGUAGUGUGCAUAGACAUAUAAAGUAAGCAAUUGUGUAUGCGAGAUGAUUGAAGAAGAACACACAUAUCAUGAAUUGUAAAAUUGAUAUGAACGCAAACUUCUUACAAUGUAGAAAUGAGAUAACACAGCUACACAUCUUAAUAGUAUAUUGCUAUUGCAAUCAAUGCAUAUAAUUUUCAAUAUAGACAUUUCCUGUUGCUUGAUAUGUGAGCUUAUUUAAAUAAAGUAAAUUUACCCUC